CUCUCAGGUCAUGGCGGACCGGAGACAUCCGAGUACACCGUCAAAUAUCUUCCGCGGCAUCUUGCAGCGAUGCUCGAGCGGUCGAUUGGAAAGCAUUUUGGCGGACGCUUGGACCACACCAACAUCCACGAGGCAGAGCCUGUGAUUACCGCCAUGCUCAAGCGCGAGAUAGUCAGAUUUGACUGGAGUAUAGGAAGAGGCGUGACAGACGUCUGUCCCGACCCUCGCACGCUCACCGAGGAAGACGAGCUGCGCCUCGUCGCCCAGCACAGGAAGGCUUUCGAGGUAGCGAUGCAUGGGACGACGCUGUCCGUGGCAGUCGUGGACUUUGCAAAUCGCGUAAUGUGGGCCGCUGGUGUUGGGGAUUCAACGAUUGCUCUAUCGACCGUCGACAGCACCGGUGUGCGUCGCGCAGAACGGCUCUGCGAGAUACACAACUUCAAGAAUCCUCGAGAAUACUACCGAACGAUCAUGGCCCACCACCACCCCGAGAAAGAUCUCGUCUCAGCUAACAACUCGCUACUGGGAUGCAUUGGGAUGUCGCGUGCCAUCGGGGACUUUUCCUUCAAGAUACAUCGCGAAUACCUGCGUCACAUUUUCCGGCACAUCAAUCCCAAGUACGCACCACUCUACGAACGUCUUCGGACUCCUCCCUACCUCAUCGCCGAGCCGUCCGUGCGCUUCGUCGACCUCCGGCCCGUGUGGCGCAACGACCCCAUCAUCCUGCUCUUCUCGGACGGGGUCGACACCCUUGUCGAUGGCGACUACGUUUUCUCACCCGACAAACCCAGCAAACUCGACCCGAUGGACAUCGUCCCGGCGCUCUUGUCCGACGCGGUGGACCCCCGCGUGAAGAGCGCCCUUGGCCAUGAGAUAGAGCCCAAAUGGAGCCGUGCAGAGAACAACAUGGCCGUUGACAUACUCGGGAACCUGCUCGGAGGCGCCAAUGCCGAGCGGCUGGAGAUGGUCAUGGACCGUGAACGGCUCCGCGCGGACGAGCCCAUAUUCGAUAUCGACGACACGACCAUCGUCGUCGCUCGCCUCACCGCUUGA